UCCUGAGAAUGGCAGUCCUAUGGUCGUUGAGUGUGAUCCUUGCAGGACUUUUCCUGUUUUACACUAAUGGAGUUCAUGCUGGUGAAAAUGAAUAUCCUGGGAGUCCAUUUUUACUCCGUGCAGUAAAUCAAGCCAUUGAAUCGGUGGACAGAGCAUAUCGGAACUCCAGAAACAUGCAAAAGGAGAAGUUGCACAAAAGAGAGAUGACACCAGGUGGCCUGAUGCAACUGUUCAAGUCCUCACUAUACGAGGUCAGGAGGGUAGUGAGAGCAGGAGAGUACAUGGAGCAAGCAUUGCAACAGAUUCAAAGCCACGUUCAGCGCGUCCACAAACGCUCACUCAAUGCAACAGAACUGUUAUCACCAGAUGACCUGGAUUCCAUUGCAAGAGUCACGGGCUGUCGAGCUAUGCAUCAGCCUCCAGUCUGCAGUAAUGAUUGCUGGUCAAACCGAUACAGGACCUUCACCUCUGUAUGCAAUAACAGGGAUAAGCCUUACCUGGGAGCCUCCAACACAGUACUCAACCGAUGGCUCCCCGCUCGCUAUGAAGAUGGGAUUUCAGUCCCAUUGGGUUGGACUCCAAAUAAAUUACACUCUGGAUUUCGUCUACCAUUGGUCCGAGAUGUGUCCAAUGCGAUUUUGAAAGUGGAUGAUAAGAACGUAGUCUCAGAUGAAGAUACAACUCAUUUGUUUAUGCAGUGGGGGCAGUGGAUUGAUCAUGACAUGAGUUUAAGCCCUCUGUCUGGCAGUACCCAAACCUUUAAUGAUGGCAUCAACUGUGAACAAACUUGUGAACAGAAAAAUCCUUGUUUUCCAAUAAAGAUACCUCGAAAUGACCCCAAGUUCAAAGGUUCUGAAACAUGCAUGCCUUUCUUCCGAUCGGCUCCUGCUUGUGGCACUGGUGAGCUGGGUGCAAUGUUUGGACAGGUGAACACUCGUCAGCAGAUUAAUUCCCUCACCAGCUUCCUGGAUGUCAAUGAAGUCUAUGGCAGCACAGAUUGUCUGGCCAACAAGCUCAGAAACCUGACCAGUGAAGAAGGUCUGUUGGCUGUGAACCAGGAAUAUUCUGACAAUGGACGGGAAUAUCUACCAUUUAACAGCAUUUCAAGUAACCUUUGUGGUGUUAUGGGAGAAGCAUGUGACUUCAGUCAAAAUUCUACUCCAUGUUUUAUUGGAGGUGAUGUACGUGUAAAUGAACAGCUGGGACUGUUGUCUUUCCACGUAAUGUUUCUACGGGAGCACAAUCGCAUCGCAAGAGAGCUGAAGAAAUUGAACCCGCACUGGAGUGGCAAUACAACUUAUCAUGAAGCAAGAAAAAUCUUGGGAGCUUUUCAACAGAUAAUAAAUCACAGAGACUAUGUUCCCCGGGUAAUUGGAAUAGAAGCAACGGAAAAAUAUCUCUCAGAGUAUGAAGGUUAUGAUGAGUCUGUCAAUCCCAGUAUCGCCAAUGUUUUCUCAACAGCAUGUUUCCGUUUCGGACACCUCAGCAUUCAGCCAACCUUGUUCCGCCUAAAUAAGUACUACCAGGAGCACCCAGAGUUCCCGAACCUGCCUCUCCACCUGACUUUCUUCACUCCCUGGAGAAUGAUAAGGGAAGGUGGAGCUGAUCCCAUUGUUCGAGGAUUAGUGGGUCGUCCUGCAAAACUACAGAAAUCAAACAAGAUGUUGGUAGACGAACUGCGAGAGAAGCUGUUUAAGCUGACCUCUCAUAUAGCAUUGGAUUUGGGUGCUCUGAACUUGCAACGUUCUCGUGAUCAUGGGCUCCAAGGUUACACUGCAUGGCGCAAAUUCUGUGGACUUUCACAACCAAAGAAUGCUCUUCAACUUGGUCGAGUUCUUGACAAUACAGAACUAGCAAAUAAGCUCCUCAGUCUAUAUGGAACUCCAGAAAAUAUUGACGUGUGGUUAGGGGCAAUCUCUGAACCCUUCGUUAGAGGUGGAAAGGUUGGCCCUUUGUUAGCCUGCUUAAUAGGACAGCAAUUCAAGAACCUGAGAGAUGGGGACAGAUUUUGGUGGGAAAAUCCUGAAGUGUUUACUAUUGCCCAGCACCAGGCCCUUACUCAAAUCUCCAUGUCCAGGAUUAUCUGUGAUAACACCGGGAUACAGUUUCUACCUCGUGAUGCAUUUAAAUACCACCGCUUUCCAGAUGGAUAUGUAAACUGCAAUGAGAUACCACAGGUUGACCUGAGUGCCUGGAGAGAGGACGUACAAGUGACCCCAUGUGGUGCUGUCCCCUCUGUGGAUCAUGCCCAUUUCUCUAUCUGUAAAUCUUCGGUGAGGUACACCUGUCAGUCCGGAUUCAUCAUACAGGGAGCGGACACGAUAACAUGUCUGAGUAAUGGACAGUGGGAGCAGGCACCACCCAGCUGUUUAGCCAAUGCUGAAGACCUGGAAACUCCAUGUAGCAGUAAUCUUAAAGGAGAUAAAGGAGACAAAGGAGAAAAAGGUGACACUGGACCACAGAGACCUGAAGGAGAUUGCAGUGCAUGUCUACAAAAAAUAAAAAAAUCAGCCUUUACUGUAAAACUUAAAACAAGUAAUGUAUACCAAUCUACUUUAAAUCCAAUUCCAUGUGAAACUGAGAUCUAUAAUGGCCAGAGACAUUUCAACUGUGAUACUGGAAUAUUUACUUGUGUUUUCCCUGGGGUAUAUCAAUUUUCAUAUAGUUGGGAAAUAAAUAGAGGUGUAAGAUUGGUUUUGAAAAUUAAUGGACUUACAGUGAUCAAAUCAGAUAGAAAUUUAGCAAACCUUUUAGUAGGUGAUAUCAUCUAUCAACUAAAAGCUGGUGAUAAAGUUUGGCUAGAAAUUCAGCAGGCAUCACAACUUACUUAUAAAGACAUUUAUUUUCAGGGGCAUUUAGUCUAUUCAGUUUAAUAACUUGCCCUUAUUUCUGGAAAAACAUCAUUUAUUUUACCAGUUGAAUGUCAAAAGUAUCUUUUUUGAUUUCUUUAUUGAUCUUGGAUAUCAUGGGCCACUAAUGGAAUCUUUUUACACCAAGCUGGAUGCCAUUGACACAUGGGUUCCUCUCCUUUUCUAAUAUUUGUCUCAGUGUAGGAAUGUUAAGACCCAAAUUGGCAUGCCAAGCAAUAUAUUAAAUAAGUUUAUUUUAAUCAAAUCUUACAAAAUGUGAGAAGCCAUACCAAUGAAGGUGGUGCAUUGGAAUCCAGCUUUUUAACACUUCCUUAAUCAAUCCUAGUUCUUUAAAGAAAAUAAUAAUUUUCACCAAUUUAGUUGAUUGACACAAAAUGUUUAGAUUUCCUCAAAAUUCAGUCAGUAAAAUAUUUUUCUGCUUUUAUGAAGGUGAUUCUAAAAAUAUGAACAUUAAAGGAUAUAAAUACUUAA